CUUCAACUAAGACCAUCCCUCCGCCUCAACUAGGAGCUUUACCACGCACCUUUGUUCUAAUGCCCUCGACCAGCUGGUGAAAUAGGCGAGCCCUACGUUGCAGCUGAGAAAACUGAGACUUGGAGAGGCGCUUAAGACACGUCGCCAAGGGCACCCGCGAGUCUCUCCGACACAAAACCUCUCCCGAGGUUCCUUCCACAGGGAUGUAAUCCCCUUGCACAGACUGGCCGGAGCAAACUACAGAAUCAAAGGGCUGCUUUGAAUCAGCAGAUCCUGAAGGCCGUGCGAAUGAGGACAGGAGCAGAAAACCUUCUGAGAGUAGCCACGAACCAGAAGGUGCGGGAGCAGGUGCGCCUUGAGCUGAGUUUCGUCAACUCAGACCUGCAGAUGCUCAAGGAGGAGCUGGAGGGGCUCAACAUCUCGGUGGGAGUGUACCAGAGCACAGAGGAGGCAUUUACAAUUCCCUUGAUUCCUCUUGGCCUGAAGGAGACCAAAGAUGUUGACUUUUCAGUCGUCCUCAAGGAUUUUAUCCUGGAACAUUACAGUGAAGAUGGUUGUUUGUAUGAAGACGAAAUUGCAGAUCUGAUGGAUCUGAGGCAGGCUUGUCGCACGCCCAGCCGGAAUGAGGCGGGGGUUGAACUGCUGAUGAGCUACUUCCUCCAGCUGGGUUUUGUAGAGAGCCGGUUCUUCCCGCCCACCUGCCACUUGGGGCUCUUGUUUACCUGGUAUGACUCGCUCACUGGUGUUCCGGUCAGCCAGCAGAACCUGCUUCUGGAGAAGGCCAGCAUCCUGUUCAACAUUGGAGCCCUCUACACCCAGAUCGGGACCCGGUGCAAUCGGCAGACUCAAGCUGGGCUGGAGAGUGCUGUGGAUGCCUUCCAGAGAGCUGCAGGGGUUUUAAAUUACCUGAAAGAGACAUUCACUCAUACUCCGAGUUACGACAUGAGUCCUGCCAUGCUUAGCGUGCUGGUCCGAAUGAUGCUUGCUCAGGCCCAAGAAAGUCUGUUUGAGAAAAUCAGCCUCCCUGGGAUCCGGAAUGAGUUCUUCAUGCUGGUGAAGGUGGCGCAGGAGGCUGCCAAGGUGGGAGAGGUCUACAGGCAGCUGCACGUGGCCACAAGCCAGGCACCCGUGAAAGAGAACAUCCCCUACUCCUGGGCCAGCCUGGCCUGUGUGAAGGCCCACCACUACACGGCCCUGGCCCACUACUUCACCGCCACCCUCCUCAUCGACCACCAGCUGAAGCGAGGUGCAGACGAGGACCACCAGGAGAAGUGCCUGUCCCAGCUCUAUGACCACAUGCCGGAGGGGCUGACGCCCCUGGCCACACUGAAGAAUGAUCAGCAGCGCCAGCAGCUAGGGAAGUGCCACUUGUACAAAGCCCUCACCCACCACGAGGAGGCGACGAGAGAGGCCAGCCUGUGCAAGAAGCUGCGUGACAUCCAGGUUCUCCAGGAGGUGCUGUCAGCUGCGCACCAGCGCACAAGGCUCAAGUACACUCAGCACCAGGAGGACGACGAUCUCCUGAACUUGACAGACGCGCCCAAUAUUGUCUCAAAAACUGAACAAGAGGCUGAAAUGAUACUGCCCCAGUUCUCCAAAGUGACAGUCACAGACUUCUUCCAGAAGCUGGGCCCCCUGUCAGUGUUUUCGGCUAACAAGAGGUGGACACCUCCCCGAAGCGUUCACUUCACCGUAGAGGAAGGGGACCUGGGGUUCACCCUGCGAGGCAACACCCCUGUUCAGGUCCACUUUCUGGCUCCCUCCUGUUCUGCUGCGCUGGCAGGGGCCAAGGAAGGAGAUUAUAUUGUUUCCAUUCGAGGCGUGGAUUGUAAGUGGCUCACAGUGAGUGAAGUUAUGAAGCUGCUGAAGAGCUUCGGUGGGGAGGAGAUAGAGAUGAAGGUUGUGAGCCCCCUGGAUUCCACGUCGUCCAUGCAUAAUAAAUGUGCCACGUACUCGGUGGGAAUGCAGAAAACUUACUCCAUGAUUUGCUUAGCUAUAGAUGAUGAUGAUAAAACUGAUAAAACCAAGAAAAUAUCUAAAAAGCUUUCGUUUUUGAGUUGGGGCACCAAUAAGAACCGCCGGAAAUCAGCCAGCACCAUGUGCCUCCCAGCGGUGGGCGUGUCGAGGCCUCACGUCAAGAGGAAGCUCCACGCUCCUUUCAGCGUGCUCAGCUCUGAAAGCUCUCUCUACUGACUGGAGGAAGCCGAAACGGCCACCUGGGAUUCACUGGGUCUUAAUAUUUGUGCCAUAUUGUGGAGUAUUUUCAAAUCCCAUUUGUUCACUUGUGUAUCAUAUGCUUUAUGAAAGUACCAAGAAGCAUCUUGAAGUUGGUGGGAAACACUUGAGGAGUGUCACGAUAUUGCUGCAAGUUAUUUAUUCUAUAAAAUACUGUACAGAGUAGUGUUGAAAGUAUGUCUGUUUUUAAUGGUUACAGUGACCACUUUUAAGUACUCUCAAGAGUUCAGCUGUGGUUAAUACAUUAGUAUUGUUUGUUAACUGUCCAGGUUUAGGUAAUAAUCUUUCCUUAACCUAGAAUUCAAGGCAGGUCAGAGGAGCAUAAUGAUAGAGUGUGAUUUGUGUUCCUAAAAACUGUUCUAAAGAGCUGCUUCCUCAUGAGAUUCAUCAAUUUAAAGUAAAAUUUUGCCAUUAUUUCUACAUAAUAUGAAUGCCGUUUCCAAAAGUCUAGUGCCAAAUUUCUCUUGAAUUACUAUUUUUAAAAAAACCUUUUUGGCAGUGCUAAAAAAACCAAAAAUACUACCAAAAAAUAAAAUUUAGGAGCAGCUUUUCCUCCAGUGUGAUGCCAUGUACAAGUCCUAACACCGUGGCAGUGUUAGAUGGAAAUGCUGUCUACAGGGUAGAUGAAAUACUGUUUGAUACUCAAAACAUUUUCAUUUUGCUUAAAGUAGAAUGUACACUAACUAUAUUUUAAGAAUCUUUAGUAAAAAGGUAGCUUUACAUUUUAUACAUGAAGAUGUAAAUGAUUCAAGUUCAAAGCUCUGUUUGACUUUUUAAAAUGAAUAUUCUUACCAGUUUGAUUUCCUUGGCUGUAAGUUGGAUGACACCGUGGCUCUAAUAAGAUUCAUGGUUGACAUAGUAAAAGUGACAUAGCUUAAAAAUACAGCUUGGAGAUCUAAUUUUGAGAAUUAACAAGAAUUUUAUACUGUGCAAUAUCUUAAGGGAAGCAACCACCUUUGGGAAAGUAUCUAUCCACUGUUUAUAGGACCAUGUUUAUAUAAAUAUUUAAAUAAACACAUUUAUCUGACUUUUUUUUGCCUUUCUGUCACUGUAAUUCCAUCUUUCAAGUAAGUAUCCUAAUGUACAAAUGUUUUUGAUUUUUAAGCAUUAAAAUAAAUGAGCUCUUGAAAUAUUUUUAAAAA